AUUUUUCAGAAGCGUAUUUAAGCUGUAGGAGGCUCGGUGGAUGGUCAGUGGUAGCUCAGCUGUCGAAGACUGUACCACGAUUGACUACUGAUCUCAACGGAAAUGAAGAUUGUUGUACUGAUACUACUGCUGUUGGAGGCACUGCAAUGCAGCCAGUGCAUGGCUCUACCAUCAACAUUACUAUCACUUUCACCUAAGCAAGAGGGACAAUUAGAACACACAGUUGCAGAGCGAGCAGAAAACCCAUUCAAUUUUGAAGCGUUGAGCUCUAUCUUCACUGGAGACAUGUCGAGCAUAAAAGAGAUGUGCAAAAGUAUCAAAUUCGGAGAGUCCUCUUCAUCUGAGAGAAAACGUUCAGCUCAACUAGGAUUUCCUUUUAAGCUCCCUGUCGAUCAGUCCACAAUGACACAGUUAUGUGAGCAAAUCGAUAAGUUUAAACCAGGAGCUGCCAGCGGCAACAAGGAAGAGAAACGAUCAAUCGAAGUGAGAUCUUCAUCUUCAGGUGGCGGUAGCCCAAUCAGUUUCGAAGCGUUGAGCUCUAUCUUCACUGGAGACAUGUCGAGCAUAAAAGAGAUGUGCAAAAGUAUCAAAUUCGGAGAGUCCUCUUCAUCUGAGAGAAAACGUUCAGCUCAACUAGGAUUUCCUUUUAAGCUCCCUGUCGAUCAGUCCACAAUGACGCAAUUAUGUGAGCAAAUCGAUAAGUUUAAACCAGGAGCUGCCAGCGGCAACAAGGAAGAGAAACGAUCAAUCGAAGUGAGAUCUUCAUCUUCAGGUGGCGGUAGCCCAAUCAGUUUCGAAGCGUUGAGCUCUAUCUUCACUGGAGACAUGUCGAGCAUAAAAGAGAUGUGCAAAAGUAUCAAAUUCGGAGAGUCCUCUUCAUCUGAGAGAAAACGUUCAGCUCAACUAGGAUUUCCUUUUAAGCUCCCUGUCGAUCAGUCCACAAUGACGCAGUUAUGUGAGCAAAUCGAUAAAUUUAAACCAGGAGCUGCCAGCGGCAACAAGGAAGAGAAACGAUCAAUCGAAGUGAGAUCUUCAUCUUCAGGUGGCGGUAGCCCAAUCAGUUUCGAAGCGUUGAGCUCUAUCUUCACUGGAGACAUGUCGAGCAUAAAGGAGAUGUGCAAAAGUAUCAAAUUCGGAGAGUCCUCUUCAUCUGAGAGAAAACGUUCAGCUCAACUAGGAUUUCCUUUUAAGCUCCCUGUCGAUCAGUCCACAAUGACGCAAUUAUGUGAGCAAAUCGAUAAGUUUAAACCAGGAGCUGCCAGCGGCAACAAGGAAGAGAAACGAUCAAUCGAAGUGAGAUCUUCAUCUUCAGGUGGAGCUGCCUGCAUGAUAUAA